GCAUUCUAUCAAAUAGUUACAAAGCUGAGUGAAAAACAUCAAAAAUGGAAAAAAACAAGAUAUUUUCUAAGUUGAUUCCUGUUGAAAGCAUCACAUUAGAUGUUAAAAAGGCGAUUGAUCGUAUUUAUUCAAUACCACCCGCCAAAUAUAGUUCGAACCUGUUUCGCGACUUGGCAGUUGGAUUUAAAAGCCUUGUGCACGCCAUGGAAAAGGAACCAGACUCUCAAGAACUAUUCCCCUUAUUUCUCAAAUGGUUCAAGCUGUAUGUGAGACUCCAAAAUCAAAUCGAUUCAAAUGAUCCUGUCCGUUCAAAGUUUGAAUCAAAGAUUCCUGUGUGCACAUCUUAUAUAUUGGCUUCUUUGCAAUAUCAGAACAGAAUAUCAAAUUACCAUCAACUUGUAAUGGAAAUGUGCUUAAUGUUGUUUAAAUCAGCUCAGGCAUUUACUAUGCGGAAUAUAGCAAAUUUAGAUAUAGAACUUAUCUCGCAACUGUGGAUGCCAGUUGAGUUUGUUGGAGAUUAUAUUACUCAAAGACUGUGUCUUAAAUUAAUUGUUGCCGUUUUAGAGCAUUUAAGCGUAGAAGAAAGGAAAAAAAAAGUUUCUGAUGCAAAAUUAGAACAAGAAAUAGAACAUUUGAUAUUAAAACUUUCCGCAAAACCAAAUUAUUUUGAAGAAGUUUCCAGAGAAUUAUUAAACGUGUUUAACAUGAAUUUUUGCAAAAAUUGUACUGUUUUUUCGAUUUAUUGUACUAAAGCUCUGUUUGGAAGUUGUGAACUUUAUAAACCCGCAAAUGUUUCUAAUUUUUGGAUAGAUUUUAACUAUACGUCAAAGAGUGUUUCAUUGCUUUGUCAAUUAAGUGAAAGAAAACAAGAAGAAUUUUAUAUAAAACUAAAAAUUGAUAAGCUUCAAAUUGAAAAUCAAUUUGAUUGCAUUGUCUAUACCAUUGAGCAGGCUACUUUUUCAACUAACGUAUCAGCUGUGUUACUUAGUUCCCGGGUUGCAGUCUUUACACUACCCGGAAAUCAGUUAGAUCUUUUAAAAGCCAACAGCGAUUUAAUUGAUUAUUACAACAGUGUUUCAUACUCGGAAUCUUCUGAUGUUGCAACACCGAAUACAAAAUAUUUAGCUGAGUUAAGUGAAGAUUCUUCUCUGGCACCACAUUCUAAACAAAAUAGCGACAUUCCCAAAAUGAAAUCAGCUAGAGUAAAAAUUUAUAAGUUUGAUGGUGAACCAAAAAAUAUAGAUUCAACGAAAACAAAAAACAAACUUGAAAAAAAUCCAGCUGCUGGUAUAUCAUCUCUUGUAUCUCGUGUUGAGUAUCUUCCUAACUAUGUGGGUCCUUCAGCAGAAAUGAGUAGCAACGAAACAAAAACAACCAAUGAUGAGUCAAUUUUCAGGAAGCCCUAUGCACCUGUUCAAUUUAAGACAAGAAAAACAAUUCAAGCCGGGAAGAGAGAUAUGCAGUAUAAAUGCGAAAAACCACCAGUUCAUACAAAUACAAACAUGUUGCGAAAUGAAAAUGUAAAUAUAAAUCAGCGACACAGCGAAAUUAUCAAUUCCAGCUGUUCAAAAAAGGAAAGCAGUACAACACCAAUAAAUAAUCUACAACAAAAUAAUUCCACACUUAUGCCACUUAAUAAGUCACAUAAAGAGCAGUUGAGCUCUGACAGACAAAAUUUUACAAAACUAACAAGAGAUAAGAUUCCGUAUUCUUUUACAUCAAUACAGAUAUCCAGAAAUUCACUUCAAGGUUUUUCUAAUGCCACCAAACGACAUGUGAAACAACAAGCAGCAAAACAACAUGAUUUUAACAAAUUGCAACAAAAGUUUAUGGACGAAACUUCACUACUGGAAAUUUCUGCAACAAAAAAUCAAAAUAAAAAAAUAAUCGCUCACAAAUCAAUUGAUGGCAAUAAUUUUGCUUUUUCGAAACCUAAAUCAUCCGAAAUGUUAGAAAAUCAAAAGCUAGCAUCUGAACCCAUUGAUAUAUCUCAAUGCGUAGAGAUCGUAGAAGGCCAAAACCCUUUGCCACAUGACCAUUGUUCAUCAAGAGAUAAUAACAGCAACUUGGUUACAAUUUGUAAUCCAAAUUCUUCUUUUUGUCCAGAAAACGACAAUCAUGUAACUCCGUCACAAGCUCAACUCAAUGAAUCAAACAUUGUUUCGCAAAACACUUACACCUCGGGCAAAGCAAUACAAUCUUCGAACAAUGAUGAUCUUCAAAAAAGCACGAGUCUAGAAAACACAGUUUCUGAAAUAACAAAAAGUAAAAAUCUACGUUUUUUUAAAUACAAACAUUCCUGCAAAAUUGACCGUUCAACUAAAACGACUAGAGUCAAACGAAAUACUCAAACGAAAAAAAACAAUAUGACAGAAAUUCAUCCAAAGUCAAAAAGUGUUAAUCUUGUUAAACCAUUAAAUUAUGUUCCUGGUACUAUUUUAAGCAUAACCGAGCCUUUUUCAGAGUCAAGACAAAAGGGAAACUCUAUGCAAAUUGGAAACCUAAAACAUAACGCAGAAGACAGAGCUGAUUUUUUAAAACAAAGCAAUGUCCCUGAAGAUGACUCAAAAAUUACUGUAAUUACAGCGCCAGCGUCUGCGAACGAAUCAACAUUGAAACUCAAUAAACGACGAACAAGCAACCGAAAAACUCCUAUUAAACAAGUUCAAACUUCAAACUUUGUACCUUAUUCAAUAUGGAAAAUCGGUCAAAAUGAGAAAACUGCUAGUGAGUCAGUAAUUUUGGCACAACACCCAACACUUCAAACCAAAACUGAUUGGCCUACAAUGAAUUAUUUAGAUCUUUUUGAUAUAGUUAAACAUGGUGGAAAUAAAACCCAAAGCAAUUCAACUACACAAAAAGAUUUUAUUGCGAGAAGGCGAUGCGACAGUUCUUCUUCGGACUCAAUACUUACUUUCCAAUCCCCCGAACAAGAAAAUAAAAUAAAAAGUGCCCAACCACGAAGUCCUCCGAAUAAUAAACCACGAAGUUCUUUAGAUUCAGAUACUAUUCGUGAUACUAAAUCUGUUGAUAUGAUACACAGUCCAGUUCCAAUUCCUUCGGAAUUAGCUAGAAGUAGAAGCAAAUCAAUAUCAAUAGAAAGGAUUUUCAUACCUAACCAGAUUUCGAUAGACUUAAAUAGCCCAGAAGUUUUGAACUCGUUUCAACACCCAAUUGAAAGCAAUUUGCUUCUGGAAAAUCGGACAACAAGCUUCACAUCGCCAAUAUAUGAAGACCUUGAUGAUGAAGUCCCCGAAGUGCCUUUUCAAUCCCCAAAACCACUUGUAGAUGAGUACAAUGAAGAAGUUCCACAACUAACAUCCGACUCAGAAGAUAGGCACCAACAUCUUUCAGUCUCUCCAAACAUUCAGUUUUCUGCGCAAUCUCAACAAAUUGAAAUAUACCAGAAUGAAAAUGUGGAAUUAGAAUUUGUAGAGCAUCAUUUAAAACAUAAAUCAGCCAAGGAACAUGCAUCCUCAAGCUCAAGAGGUUCUUCUAUUUCCGUUUGCUCAGAUGGCGAACAGGACAAUUUGUCUAAUCAGAUCAACACUCAAAAGCAUGAGGUCGUGGUCUCUUUUAGAAAAAGAACCCAUUCUACCGAAGGAGAAGAGUCUUCUGAAGCAAAGAUCGCAUCUCGUACACAAUACUCAACUCUUAAAGGAUAUGACCAAUUAUUUCCCGAGUUUGUUAAGAAACUAACAGCCGAAAAGAAUCGUGUUUUGGAGAAUAUUAAAACUAAAUUAAAUGAAGAAAUGUUCAAUAGUUUUACUAAGAGAGUUGAAGAAGUUAUGAAGGGAAUUGAAAGCCAUCAGACCGCCAUCAAAGAAGAACAAGACAAGUUAAUAUCAAUUCUCAAAAAAAUCGAGUGGCAUCACCAAGUUCUACAAAAAAAUCAAUCGGAACUAGAAAGGGUUCAUGAUCAAAUCAUCGAACACCAGAAAUUAUGGGAUAAUACCUCGCAUAUGAUCAUUGAAUUAUACAAAGAAGCUGAAGACAAUUUACUAUCGUACGCAGAUGGUCUAAAACGAGAUCAGUGGCAUAGCUUUUCAACAGUGAUAGUUGAUUCCCUUAAUGCGAGGUUAUCGGAAUUAUUAAGCAUUUAAAAUUCGUUUGAUAAAAGAUUAAAAAAAAAUAUUAUUAAAUACAACAAUUUUAUCUUAAGCAAUAAGCAGAGAAACCAUUAUCAGUGUAGGUAUUCACUUAAGAACUACAAGGGUCCUUAAAAAUAAAUGUUCGUGAAUCCUUUGUUGCUCAUCAAGCAAUACAAAAUUAAUUUUACUCAAUAAAAAAAAACACUGUACAGUUCUAAAAAAAAUGAAAAU